AUGCGGCCGCUAGGCUGCUGGACUUCGAUAUCCCGAGAAUUGGGGAAGUGUCAGUCUCACCGAAGAUUCCUGACGACCGUGUAUUCCGCUCCAAAGCAGCGCCUCCCUUUCCCCGAAAACCUCCCCGAACAAUUUCAUUCGCAACUACCAAAAGCCUUUCGCCCUGGUAAAGUUGCAAAAAAGCUGAAAGUCCUCCCUCCUCCGCCGUCCCCGGCUUCCACAUAUAAAGAUCCAAUUGCCUCUUUCACAAAGGACCAGCUGGCUGUUCUCGACCCAACUGGUGAAAGACAGAAUCUCUUUAACAAGAGAAACCGACAAGGCGCUAAAGUUGGUGAUAUUCUCCGCGUUACUUUUAAAUCCGGCGAUCCCUUUGCAGGCGUAUGCUUGAAUAUCCGACAGCGGGGAAUAGACACCGCAUUUUUGUUAAGAAAUCAAUUGACUCGAGUGGGAUGUGAGAUGUGGAUUAAAGUAUACAAUCCACAAGUGCAAGCUGUGGAAAUUGUGCAACGUUCUGAGAAGAGAAAGAGGCGUGCUAGACUAACAUACAUGAGACAAGCUAAACACGACUUUGGAACCGUUGAGGGUGUUGUUCAGAAAUACCUCCGGGAGAAGGCCAUCCUAAGUGGUGAAACGAGCCAGACGAAAACAAGGAAAUAGGGACGCCUAUAAUUUAGUGGAGUGGUGUACAUCUGUAUGACUAGUUUGAGACGAUAUCAUACUAUAUCUCUCUAUUCAGUGCAUAGUUGUGUUCUAUUCGUUCAGUCAGGGCCAGGAUCUCGGGGGAUGGCGCAGUUACAUUCGCAUAUGAUGUUUAGUAAGAAUAUUUUGCUAUUACUCCG